AUGUCUUCGUCUUACGGAGCUUACUACCAGGGCAAGGCAGCCUACGCACCGAGGCCAUCGACCAGUUCCACCACCGCGUCCAGCAACCAUGCGCAAUCGGCCCAAUCUUCACACAGCUAUGGCGGCCGGCCACAGGCGACAGUCGUCGUCCAUAAGCCCUCGGGCCCGACUUAUGACCCCAACACCUCGACCUCGGCCGGCAAUGCUGGCUACUACCGAUAA